AUGGCGGCCAAUAACAGAUCCGAUCACGGAUCAGACGAAAACACACGCCUUUACAACCCUUACCAAAACUACGAAGUCCCAAUCAACAAAUCUCAGUACCUUUACAAGCUUCCUACAUCCCCUGAGUUUCUCUUCACGGAGGAGGCUUUGAGGCAGCGUAGAUCUUGGGGUGAGAAUCUCACUUUCUACACCGGAACAGCUUACCUCGGCGGCUCCGUUGCUGGAGCUUCUUUGGGAGUUAUCACUGGAGUCAAAAGCUUCGAAUCUGGCGACACGACUAAGCUCAAAAUCAACAGGAUCUUGAACUCUUCU